CAAAACGCUUAGAAAUAGGCAGCAGAAAAAAAAAAAGAAAAGAGGAAACCGAACUCCGCUAUAAAACCGCGCCUCCGCCGCGACGAAGCCGACCAAGUGAAGCAGCGCCGCCGCCGCCGACGACGACGACGACGACGACGAAACCGCCGGAGGCAGAGAGGAGCAGAGGUACGCACACGGUUUCAGACUACAAGGGGUAAAGUAGUGAGAAGAGAUGGUAAGGUGGCGCCGCUGGAUCUGCUGCAAUUGUCAAGUGAACGAGUCUGAUCAGCUUGAAAAUGGACAUGCCAAGGUCCUGACUAGUAAUGCAGAUGGAGUGACAAAGGGUUUGAAAGAUUCUGCUACUGAAAAAGCUCAGCCACAAAAUUCGGCUCUCACUAUCAAUAUUCCUGUUCUAUCCUUGGACGAACUAGUAGAAAAGACAGAUGAUUUUGGCUCAAGUGCUUUGAUAGGCGAAGGUUCUUAUGGUAGAGUGUACUACGCUGUUCUUGACAGUGGAACAAAAAUUGCAGUGAAGAAACUUGAUUCUAAUGAAAAUGAGCCCACUUCAGAAUUCUUGACCCAGGUCGCUUUGGUUUCAAGAUUGAAACAUGAAAACUUUGUAGAUAUGUUGGGAUACUGCACGGAGGGUAACCUUCGCCUAGUAGCAUAUGAAUUUGCCACUAUGGGUUCACUGCAUGAUGUUCUACAUGGAAGAAAAGGGGUGCAAGGUGCACAACCUGGUCCAGCACUUGAUUGGAUGCAACGAGUAAGAAUAGCUGUUGAUGCUGCCAAAGGACUUGAAUAUCUACAUGAGAAGGUUCAGCCCUCCAUUGUUCAUAGGGAUAUUAGAUCAAGUAACAUACUCUUAUUUGAAGACUUCAAGGCAAAAGUUGCAGACUUCAAUCUCUCAAAUCAGGCUCCAGAUAUGGCUGCUCGUCUGCAUUCUACUCGUGUACUGGGAACCUUUGGUUAUCAUGCUCCAGAGUAUGCAAUGACCGGUCAGCUGACACAGAAAAGUGAUGUGUAUAGCUUCGGAGUUGUUCUCUUGGAACUUCUGACAGGAAGAAAACCAGUAGAUCAUACAAUGCCUAGAGGGCAGCAGAGCUUGGUUACAUGGGCUACACCAAGAUUAACUGAAGAUAAGGUGAAGCAGUGUAUAGAUCCACGGUUGAAUGGUGAAUACCCACCAAAAGGAGUUGCCAAGCUUGCAGCGGUUGCAGCAUUGUGCGUACAAUACGAAGCUGAGUUUCGCCCAAACAUGAGCAUUGUGGUGAAGGCUUUAUCUCCACUGCUCACAAGUAAGCCGACUCCACCCGCGCCUCCACCAGCUCUGGACGGUUGAUGUACAGAAUCAUCAGAGAAGAAAUAACAACUAAGACCAUAUAAGCUUCUAAGGGUCAGGGACUAUUGUUUUUCCUGCUUGGUCAUUUUGCAUGGCAUACCACAGAAUGGAGCUACUUGCUUAUUGCUUCUCGGAAUUCAGGCUAACUGCAUGGAGAAUGUGUUUUGCCUUUUGAAGGAACACGAUCCGAGCACAAUAACAUACUUAAUUUUUGCAGACGGUGUCUAACAAUCGGGAUUGCAUUGCAUAUACUGUCAUUCUGGGCCAACCAUAGGAUUUGCAAGUAUUUAGGUGCCUGUUUACAGAAGAUUAGACGAUGGCUUGUGUUCUAGUAGUCGUUUAUUCAGUGAACUAGAGAUGAUGUACUGCUGAAUACUGAUGAUGUUCUUUGAUUCAAAUAGUAUCGCUGUUACUUGUGUUGCUUUACCGUUCGUUCAAGUCUUGGGAGAUAAAUCAAAUUAGUCACCA